AUUAAUUACCGAAAUACAAUUUUUCUCUUUAGACUCUCGCAUCUCGGUUACGGUUGUCGUUUGGUAAAACACAUACACUAUGAUACUACAAUUACUUAGGAAAUUGGCAUCAUGCAAAUUACUUACUGUAGCUGUCACUUGGAUCGUUUUUGUUAUUAUAAGCAUCCACCACUACGCCAAAGGUGCAAGCUAUAGUGAACUUAAGGGAGAAAUGGGGCUUGUUGAUCCAUAUCAGAUAGACCAGGAGGCCAUUAAUCUGGUCGACAUUGAAAACAUGACAACCUGCGACUGCCCGCGAGUCCACUAUCCCGUGUGUGCGAACAACGGAGAAACCUAUAUAAACCAUUGUGUUUUAAGAUGUACUGGUGAUUCUGAAUUUCUAAGAUUCGGCCCAUGUGUGAUGUACAGAAGAAUGGAUAAUGUUGCAGUCUUCCCAAUACGAAUCCCAACGAAAUGGAAGAUGUCGAAGAAUCAUUCCAUUAUCGAGAUUGACGAUCGUGUGGACGCAUAUGUAAUCGAAAUACCUAUACAAAACUGACAAAUGUAGUGAUAAUUAAUAAGUAAUUGUACCUAAUAAAAAUGAAACAUG